AUGACAGAAGAAUUGUGGGUAAAUACAGGCUUUCUAGGAUACUUUACGCUUACUGUUAAAAUGUAUAGAUCAGCGCUUUUCCAUUCCACCAGGUUAUCCAAAAAGGCAAUUUGUAGUCGUAGAUUCUUCUCCACACAAUCGCAAGUUCUCACCAAUUAUGCGUUUGUUGGAUUAGGACAAAUGGGUCAACAUAUGGCUAGACAUAUUUAUGAAAACCUAGAUGCAAAAGAAGACCACUUGUACAUUUACGAUACCGUUCCUGAGGCAAUCACGAAUUUUGUCGAUACUGUUACUACUCAAACCCCACAGCAUAAAGAGUUGUUGACCGUGUUACCCAAUUUGUCUAGCUUUGUUACUGGGGUAGAAGGGCAAUUGGACUUUAUAGUUACUAUGGUCCCCGAGGGAAAACACGUGAAAAGUGUCGUUGAAGAAAUCAUUACCGCUUAUGAACAAAACGGAUAUACUCCAAAUUAUAAAACUACAAUUGUAGACUCGUCAACUAUUGAUAUUCCUACAAGUAGAUUGGUUCAUAAAUACGUCAAAGAAACCAUACCCGAGUUUGAUUUCAUUGACGCGCCAGUUAGUGGAGGUGUUGCAGGUGCAAGAAAAGGAACUUUAUCGUUUAUGUUGAGUAGAGAUAAUCAUCAAGAUAUUUCACCUGAGCUAACCAAGCUUCUUAGUAAAAUGGGUAAAAACCUUUUCCCAUGCGGUAGAAAUCAUGGUACAGGAUUAGCUGCGAAAUUGUCCAACAAUUAUUUGUUAGCAAUAACAAAUUUGGCUACUGCUGAUUCGUUCCAGUUGGCAAAAGCUUUUGGUUUAAAUUUACAAAACUAUGCUAAAUUAGUUGCCGUGUCAACUGGUAAAUCUUGGGCCUCAGUAGAUAAUUGUCCAAUUGAAGGUGUAUACCCUGCAGAUUACAAUUUACCUGCAGAUCACGGCUUUAACGGCGGGUUUAUUACAAAAUUAACUAGAAAAGAUGUUGUGUUGGCUACAGAUUGUGCAAAAGAUCAAGACAGGUUUUUGUUCUUGGGUGAGGUUGGAAGACACUGGUACGAUAAAGCUUGUGAGAGAAAAGAUAUUGCUGAAAGAGAUUUAGGAGUUCUCUAUGAGUGGUUAGGUGAUUUAAAACAGGAUAAAAAUGGUGAUGUUAUUGAUACUAAGGGAUAG